AUGGAAACCGGGCUAACCGAUGAGGAACUAGCAGACCUUUUGGGAAGUGACAGUGGCAGUGAUGACGAGCCUGUACGCAAGAAGAAGAAGGAGGAGCCUGAAAGGAAGACUGAAGAAGCUGGUGAGGAGCCUGAGCCCAAGAAGCAGCGGAAAAUGGAACACAUGAACGACAUCGUCUUGAAAUUCCGCGAAGGCACCAAGCCAGCAUGCUCCGCGUUGCUGCGCUGGGCUUCCCCGGUCUUCGAUGGUAUGUUCAGCUCUGGCAUGAAAGAGGCAACUGAGCAGGUCAUUGAAGUGAAAGUAGCCACUAAAGAGGAAUUCGAGAUCUUUUACGGCUUGAUAAUGCCUGGUGCCCGCUGCUUCACGCAGGUGACACCCGAUAACGUCCAUGCCCUGCUCUGUAUCAGUGACUACUACCAGGUAGACUUUGUCAAAGAUGCCUGUGAGGAGCAGCUGUUGCGCAUGCCGGUAACGGUGGAGCGACUUCUGCAGGCUCACAAGCAUGACCUUCCCAAGCAGUAUAGGCGCUGCAUCGCAUCAUUGUCCCUCAUCAGCCAACCUCAGGACUUGAAUGCUUUGCCGCCAGAUGUCCUCCUCGAGCUGACGAAGGAGAUGCAGGAGCGACUCAAGAAGCUGCGAGGCAAGGCUCAAAACCUGUCUCACGUCGUCAAGCUGGCAGAGAAGCUUCCUACCGGAACUGGAACUGGCCGGGGGCUGACGAUCUACCAGGCGGACAUCUCAACCAUAUGGAGUUUGCGGAAUGAUGUCCAACAUCUGAGGGAUGUGGUGAACAUGCUCAAGUAA